GCUGAGCGGGACCCUUCAUUUUAGUCUGUGAAAACCCGACGAAAGCGAGAUAAUCGCUCGUCGCUUGUCUAGAAUUGGGACAAAAUGCGCCUUGCGAUUGACACUACCGUUCGGGCGCAGUGAAUAAGUCGGGCUAUAGUCCGUCCGAGGGCCUCCUCAUCUAAUAAAAAGACGAGGAUGCCCCUACACCCGCGCUCGCGUUGUGUUUUUCGUUUCGUCUGUUUCCGUAGGUGACUUGCCGUUAUCCGUAACCUGCUGGGGUUGAAUAGCACCUCGAUAUACUUGACGUAGGAAAUAUAGGCGUCCAAUAUCGACUAUUAGGUCUCCCCUCAGGCAUUAGCAUGGCGACCCUCCUGUCUGCAGCGGUGUUCAUCACCGCUGCUCAAGCCUUGGCUUUCGAUGGAAGGCCAGCCCAGCCAACUUUUGGUGUUAUACCGAACCCGACCUUUCAACUACCCGCGAUCACGAUUCCGCCAAGUAUUCACGAGUUGGCCAAGAGACAAGGCGGAGAUACGGUUCUCGUAGGCCCGGAUAACACAUGCGGUUUCUUCGAUGGACGACCUGGUGCUGUAUAUAGUUGUAACGGAAAAGAUGUAACCUGUGCCUUGGUUACCACGUCAACAUACGGUGCUGUCGCCUGUUGUGAUGGCGACGAGUGCGGUCUCCGAGUCGCUUGCAUUGACUACAAGGAGUUUAUGUUGUCAAGUGCUUGUGACGGCGGUUGUGUUCAAGAUACAUACACCGUCAAGUGUACCAGAGCAAGCGCGCCGUAUUGCGGUACUGUCACAUUCUCCAACGGUAUCCAGGAUUUCUACUGCGAUACCGUUUCCGACUCAACACCGCAACAGCUCUACACCACUUACCAUGGCGAAACUGAUGGCCGAUCCUUCACGCCUGUUGUUGUCACGCUAUCGGAUGACACGUCUACUUCGAAGCCAACCCAGACUACUGCAGGAGACGACGACGAUGACGACACAGAUACUCACCCGUCUACCAGUGGUUCCGCAAGUCAAACUUCGGGAGGCAAUAACGACAAUAGCAACGAGGAAUCAGACAAUUCCAAGAAUAGCGCCAAGAAGUCUUCAUCGACCAACGUUGGUGCUAUUGCCGGUGGUGUCGUAGGUGGUGUAGCCGGUCUCGCAUUGAUCGGUGUUGGUAUUUUCUUCCUAGUCCGCCACAACAAAAAGAAGAAGGCAGAUGCUGCAGCUGCCGCCGCUGCUAACCCCCAAAUGCAAGGACCUGGUGGACCGGGCAGCCCGCCCAUCGCCGGUGCCCCUGGUUUCCCGCAACAACCACAACCUCCUUACAACCCACACUACAGCCAACAGUACCCUCUCCAGGGACAACCAGGUUACUACCCCGACCCCACGAAGCCUGGUGGUUUCGCGACCGUAGCGCCUGCACAGCUACCCGAUCGCAAUGACUCGACAAGUCCUAUGUCAGAUGGUCGCCACAGCAUGCAACCUCCCACAAGCCCGACCUCGACACUACACUCUGGAUGGAACCAAAACCAACAAGCCGGAGCAUACGGUGUUCAGCAACAAAAUACACCCCCUCCCAACGCCGUCAACGUCCCUCCCACCGUGCACGAAGCCGGUGGUAAUGUAGUAGGCGAACGGGAUUACAACGCGAAUCACCACGGUCAGUUACACGAGUUAGGUUAAGACACCAACUCCUACUAAAAAGAAACUCUACGAGGGAAUAGUAAAAGGGUCUUCUAUUCUUAUGAAGGAACUAGUUACAUAAAUUCGUUUUUAAUUUACUUCGUGUUGAUAUUGGGAUCAUAUAGCUAGCAUUGCAUUAUGGGAGUUUUAUUUGUUACUAGUUUUAUAGUCUGCAUAGGGGCAUUUUAAGGAGGAAGAAAAAGAGAGUAAAAUGAAAUGAAUAAGAUUAGAAGCGAUUUUCAUAUCAAUAAUCUAUAUCCUGAAUUGUAGUCAUUCGUAGGGAGUUAUGUGUGUAAUU